AUGGACUGUCCGUCUCCACGUAGUCUGCCGCAGAAACAGGAGCAAACCGAGCAUGAUCUGUUGCGCUCGCACUAUCCCGAGCCCUAUGCGGCCAUGUAUCCCGCUCCUGCGCUGUCGGAGUCGCCGUGCUCGUCCGAAACACCUCCAGCAUAUAUUUCGCCGCACGUGCAGGCCCAGCACUCGGGCCCUGAUCCGCAGCAGACGAACCAGUUCUCGUUUGUGCCGUACGGGCGGCGAGCAGCGCUGGAUUCGUCCACCAGUCCGCCGCCACAGAAAUGGAAGCUCCCGCGCGCGACGCUGGAGCAGAAAAUCCGAGUCCUUGAUUGGCACCACCAGAGCAACAAAAAGAGCCAGCAGCACACCGUGAACCAUUUCAAGAGCUUGGGCGAAUUUUCAAUCACCAAAAGCACGCUCAACCGAUGGGUUUUGAGCGAGCCGCAGCUGCGCGAGGUGUACCAGAACCUCACUCUGAACAACAGCAAGGUGUUCAAAACACGGCCGAGGCUGAAAAACCCGGAGAUCAAUCGGUGUUUGGAAAUACUCUAUGCUCAGUCGUGUCUGGAAGACCGGCCUCUGAGUGAGAAAAGUUUGAUUUCCAAAUGGUCAGAUUUCUACAACCUGUGGCAUGGGCUUGGGGACUCGGGCAACGCCAAGAUGCCGCCCAAGUCUAACGGUUGGCUGCACCACUUCAAGAAAAAAAACUCUGUGAAGCGGGAAUUGGCCAAGGACUUUUACCAAGACCGGGAGCUAUUUCGAUGGAAACAUCUGGACGAGGAACAGGACCGGUUACGAGCGCUGCUGGAACCCUACAGUCCGAGCCAGGUAUUUGAGAUCGACGAGGUCAGUUUCAACAGCAGGCUGUCGUUUCUGACUGGCGAGAUAUCGCAGAAAAACGAGCCCAGCUCGCGAGUCGUUGUGUCUUUUAUUGCCAACUCGGACGGAACCAAGAUUUUCGAGCCUCUGAUUGUCUCAGAUACCCCCGUCACCAAGGACUCGUCCAGCCCCAACGUGUUCUACCACAAAAAUGGCCUUCUGACCACAGAGAUAUUUUACAAAUACAUGCUGCACAUCGACACGCUGCUGGACACUGAGGCAGUCAUUCUGCUGGACACUCUUCACUCGCACAUCAUUCCCAAAACCGCGUUUAGGAACAUCAGAUUGGUUUACUUCUCGCCCAACAUCGCGGAACCCAAAUACACGUACCGUCCCCUGGAUUUUGGGCUAAAAAGAAUAUUCAAGAUGCUGGUCAAGUCGAUUAUUUUGUCGAGGUUUGCCCAGUCCGUGUCCAAGCUGGACAUCAUCAACGCCAUUGGCAUCGCUAUGAACACCAUCAGACAGCAUCCGUACACCGUCUCGAGCUUCCAUCGCAGCCAGCUCAUCCCGCAACUGGUAGCAGACCCGGAUGUUGUUUGCAACGACAGCAGGAAGGAGAACGAGCUUCUCCAUUUGCUCAAUCUGUACCGUGUCCGUGGUCUGAUUUCAACGUCUUUUUCGAUGAGAUGCCUUCAGAAUACGGGACGAGACAUCGAUUUGGAGGAGCUGCUUUUCCCGCAGGACGAGGAGGUGGAAAACGAGCAUUUUACAGACCAAGAUAUUAUCGCGCUCGUGAAAAGAGAGCUCAGCCACGAGCCAGAGGAGACGCUAGCCGAACCCCACAACAACGUGUCGCAGCACAGCAUUGGCCCGGAAUGGUACACCCCUACAAACUCAGACGCUCGCGAGUCCUCGGAAGCUGCCAAACUGUUUCUGGGUCAGCAGAAAUAUCCAGACUUUGCUGAGCAGUACCAUAUUUCUGCGAGCGAAAACGGGUCGAAAAGGCGCCGGAUCGGUUCCUUGGGGAUAGACGGCCAAGCGACUAUUUCCAACGUAGAAUAA